AUGUAUAGGAAGUACGAUGAUGGAAGCCAUUCAUCUCUCGAAGGAAAGACCGAUAUCAGUUCUGUUCGAGCUUAUGGGGAUGGACUAAUUUGUGCACAAGUUGCUAAAAAUACAGCGUUUGUUAUUGAUGCUAAAACAAUUCCUGGUGGUGAUGUUAAAGUUGUUGUAACAACUCCAUCACAACAUAGUUGCCCUAUGCAAGUGAUUAAUAAUAAUGAUGGAACUUGGAAUAUUCAAUAUUUACCAUAUGAAAUUGGUGAUUAUUAUAUCGAUGUAUUUUAUCAAAGCCAAUUAGUAUAUGGUUGUCCAUUUAAAGUGAAUGUUUUUGAUGUAUCAAAAGUAGUCGUUUCUAAUAUUCAAGCAGGAACUGUUGGUCAGCUGGUUAGAUUUGAUGUGGAUGCAUCUGAUGCUGGAGCUGGUCAAUUGGAAAUAUCGAUUCAAGAUGGAAAAGUUCCAUGUGAUGCUACACCACGAGGAAAUUUUCGAUUUGAUGCUUCAUUUUUACCUCGUGAAUAUGGAAGACAUUCAAUUGAUGUCAGAUUUAAUUCUAUACCUGUUCCAGGUAGUCCCUUCUUCUGUGAAGUUAUCAGUUUGGCACGUAUAUCAGUAUCAGACAGUAUUAGGAAAGGUCAUGUGGGGAGACCACUUUCAUUCGAUAUUAAUGUAGAUGGUGCAAGUCAUUUACCAUUAGAUUUAACAAUAACAGGGACUCAUCGGAUCGAUGUUCGUUUGGGUGAUAUGGCUAUUCCUAAUUCACCCUUUCAUCUAAAAGCCUAUGAUUCUUCACGUCUAGUAGUUUCGGAUAUACCUCGAAUAGUAACAAUCAAUCAGCCAGUUGAAUUUACCGUUGACGCAUCCAAAGCGGGUGAAGGACAAUUAGAGGUUGCAAUUAAUGAUGGAUUAGUACCAAAUCAAGUUAAAGCACUUGGAAGUUCACGAUUUUUAUUCAGUUUUAGUCCGAGAACAAGUGAUCCACAUAUAUUAUCGGUGAAAUUCAAUGGAGAUUUGCUCCCUGGAUUUCCAAAAGAAUGUCAGAUAUUUUCGCCCAAUGAUGUGACUGCAAAAGGACCAGGUUUGAGUCAAGCUUUAUUGGGUACCCAAACAUGGUUUACAAUUGAAUCAAAACAUGGAGAAUCGGCUGAUGUUCAGUGUCAUGUCUUAACACCGAAUGGCGAACAAAUUAAUCCACAAUCGAUAUAUACCAAUGAUGGUUUACGCGUCGACGCUAGUAGAGCUGGCGAAGGCAACUUGGAAAUAAGUGUUAACUAUGCCGGUCGAAACAUUCCGAAUCAAGUAAAUCCACUUGGUAAUAGCCGAUUUGACGUACAAUUUGUGCCACAAGAAGCUAUCAUGCAUUAUUGUAACGUGAAAUUUAAUGGUGAAUCAGUGUCAGGAAGUCCAUUUGCUGUGAACGUUAUGGAUACUAGCCGGGUCAUGGCUUUUGGAAAAGGGCUUGGCAGUGUUCCUGUCAAUAGUCCAGCAGUAUUUUCAAUUUUAACACAAAAUGCAGGCGCAGGACCUGAUGAACAUUCUGUUUCUUGUACAAUAACAAAAAUGGACAAUAAUAAAUAUGAAAUAACAUAUACACCGGAGUUUGUUGGUGAAUAUCAUAUCCAAGUAUUUCACAAUGAAAAUGAAGCUGACGGUAGUCCCUAUGUGGCGCGUGCAUUUGAUGUUAACAAAGUUGAAAUACUAGCAUUUCCAACAACGGCUAUCGUUGGGUCGGCUACCUAUUUUACAAUUGAAGCAACACAUUCGGGUUCUGGUAACCUUGAAAUAGCCGUUUCAAGAAAUCAACAGAAUAUACCGAAUUAUGUUACGAACGAAGGAGGUGCUCGAUUUCGUGUUAAAUUUACGCCAGAAGAAUCUGGUGUACAUAAGAUUAUUAUAUUUAUUGAUCUUCGACUUUUAGGAUCUCCUUUUGCGUGUAACGCACUUUCAACAGAUUUUAUACUAAAUAAUUUUGAAAAAGCUUCAAUUAAUAAGAAAAAUACAUUUUUUCUUACACCACGAAAAGGUUCUCAGUUGCAUGAAAAAAUCGAUAUUUGUAUUAUAUCACCUUCUGAACAGGCAGUAGAAUCAAAUCUUGAACGUUUACCGAAUAGAUCGUAUGCAGUACAUUUUACUCCAAAUGAAAUCGUUAAUACAACGGGUUCGGGUGAUGGUGAAUUAUUAGUGAAUAUAGAGCAAGGUGUAAACAAAAUUUCUCAUGAACAAAUACGUCUUCUAAAAGAUCUUCAUCAAAUAGUAUUUGUACCAAAAGAUUUAAAUGAUUGCAUGAUAAAUAUUACGUUUAAUGGUGAAAAUACGCUCGGUACUCUGAAAUUAUCCGUUGUCAAAUCAAAAGAAGUUUAUGUAUCACCAAUUGAUAACGGCAUUGUUGGCAAUCCUAUUACAUUCACAAUUGACAUAGAAGAUGACAAUGGUCCACUUGUUGUUAAAGUUACUGAAUCUGGUCACAUUGUGCCAAAUACCAUUGUUCAUAUAGAACGACACCGUUACGAAGUGACAUUUAUUCCAACUGUAUCUCGUACACAUGAAAUUGAAAUUUUAUACAAUAAUCAUCCAAUAUCGACAACACCAUUGAAAUGUGAAGUAUUUAACAUUAGUAAAAUUAAAGUUGGAACAAUGAAUGCUGGAAAUGUUGGACGACCAUUUGUAUUUUCUGUUGAUACGCAUGGUGCGGGUGAAGGUCAUUUGGAAGUGACAAUAACAGAUGGUUUGCGAACAUUACCAGCAGAAUUAAAAAGUAUUCAAGCAAGAAAAUUUGAUAUUGCAUUUUUACCUAAAAUACCACAAAAACAUUUUGUUGAAAUAUCAUUUAAUGGGAUGCCUAUUGAUGGCUCACCAUUUAUUGUGAAAAUAAAUGAGAGAAUCAAUGAUUUAACGAAAUUAGAAGAAUUUGAGGAUGAGGAAAGUGAUGAUUUAGAAAAAGGUGAGGAAAGUGAAUUGAUCAUUGGUGGACAAGUAGAAGGAACAAAAUGUGGUGAAUUAGUCUGGCUAUUAUGCAGCACACCAUUAACAGAUAUUUAUGAUGAUUUGGACGCGUUUGUUGUUGAUCCUCAUAAUAUUGUAACAAAACAUACGCGAAUUCAAGAUAAAGCCGGACGUUGGAGAAUCGAAUUUUUGCCCGAGAAAUCGGGUAAAUAUCAAAUUCAAGCUCUUGAGUCUGAUAUUGAUGAUACUCCAAUUACUUUGGCGUCGGUUGAUAUUCUACCAUUUACACAUGAUCGAAAAAUUGAAGGUUUAAGAAUAAUUGUACCAAAUAAAGAUUUCAUUUACAUAAUCAACGAACCAGAAUCCGAUCCUGGAAUUAUUUUGAAAAAGGCCAAUGGUGAUGUAUUGCCACUUAAAAUCGAAGAAUUGGCUAAUCAAUUAAAAGUUCAUGUUUCACUAGAACAUGUGGGAUUGUAUCAGCUUAGUAUUAUCGAAAAUGGAGAUGAAAAUCUUUAUGAUAUUUAUUGUAUAGAAGAUUAUAUGGAAAUAUUUCGAAAUGGUGGAAUAAACGAUAUAACAAGAAUGAUAAUUGAUAAAGAUAAAGUGACUGAAGGUGAUAUCAAUGUUAUUGUGAAAGAUCCAACUGCUCAUACAAUACCAGCAGCAUUUUAUCGGAAUGAUGAACGAGAUCUUAUCAUUGAAUAUGUUCCAACGCAUCAUGGUAUACAUGAAGUAUUUAUUCGUUCACGAAAUAAUUUAAUGGAUUUCUGUCCAAUUCGUAUUAUGGCAUUUACGUCAGAAAGUUUUUUUGAACCAGCACUACGUGUACAAAUUAAAGAAACUAUAUUUCAUACUGUGAAAAAAAUAUCAAAUAAUGAAGAAGAUUUUAAUAUUGUCAUUGUUGAUCCAUUCGGUAAACAUGUUUUAUUUCAAAAAAUUGAGAAUGAGAACGGUGAUGUAACUAUUUCUCUAACGAUUCUAAAAAUAGGAACACACUGGUUAACAAUAUCAAGUAACAAUCGACUACAACGUAUUCCAAUAUUUGCAUUUGAUGAUGAUUAUGUUGCAAUUGAGAUGUCACCAACUCAAACACCAGUAGUUGGAGAAACACAACCACUGAGUCAUUCACAAUUAACAUCAAUUGAUACACAACCAUUUUCUAGUACAAAUCAUGUUGGAAAAGAUUUAACAACAAUUAGCGAAACAUCUGAAGUUUCAUCAACAAGUUUAUCAUCACCAAAGGAUAAAAGUGUAUCAAGAAACUUAUUAAACGAAAUAAUAACUGAACCAUCAUCACACGCUGAAUCUGAUAAAAACAUUUCUGAUAAUGACAAAUCAUCGAUGGUCUCACCCAUUCCUCAAAAACCACUAUUAUCUUCACCACCACUACCAUCACCACCACCAUUACCAGAACAAACAGUUGAUAGACCAAAAGAAAAAGAACUUGUUUUAGAAAUAACUGGUCUUGUUGAUCCUGUUCUCUAUUCAACAUCAAACUUUAUAUUGAAAGAUAACGAUAAUUUAACCGUAGCAAUUUAUGAUGCUAAUGAUAAUAAUAUUGCAUACUAUUCUGAACAUUAUGAUGAUGGUCGCACAGAAAUAUUUUACCGACCACUUAUUAUCGGACCCGUUGAAAUUCAUGUAUUUAAAAACAAUCAACCUAUUCAAGGAAGUCCAUUAACUGUAAAUGCCUUUGAUCCAUCAGCUGUAACAUUAAUUGGAGUUUGUGAUAAAACGAAGAUUAAUUCAACAUAUCGAUUUUUACUUGAUCCAACAAAAGCUGGAAAAGGACCGUUGAAAGUUAUUGUUAAAGAUACCUCCAAUAGCCUGAUUCCCGUGACAAUCUCAAAAACAACAAAUGGUCAAGUUGCUGUUGAAUUUGUUCCUAUCUCACCUGGUACGCAUACAAUUUCAGUUAAUUUUAACAAGCAUUCUGUACCGAAUACGCCAUUUACGGUUAAUGUUUUGAAAGACUUGAAAGAUGAUGAUUUAGUUUCAUUACCUAAUAGAAAACAACAGCAAUCAAUUUAUGGUGAUGAAAACAUUCCUAACUAUCCAAUCGAUCCUCAAGUCUCAUUAAACAAGAGUACAAAUUCAUCACGAGAAGAUUCGGAACGUCGAAGAAGCGGACAACUACGAUCUUUAGAACAGCAUAAUGACUUAAAUAAACAGAAUAAUUCGUUCAUUCAACCAAAACCUUUGAAUGAUAUCAUAGAACGUGGUCGUUCAAUAUAUCCAAAAUAUCAGACAAUUGUGCAACAAAAUCGACAUUCUUCACCACAACAACAACGUCCGAUUACUUCAGAUACAUCUCCUUUUCUCACGUCAUCAUUACCUCGCGCGGUACAACAUCGUUCGAUAACACCCAGUCAGUCUCAUUCACACUCCACACAUCGUCCUCGAAUAGUCGAUACACUUCAGCCUCGACCUCGUUCAUUAGAGCCACACGGUUAUCCAUCGUAUCACCCUAAUGUACGACAAAUAGGUAAACCUCGUUAUGUACCUGUGUCAGAUCAACAAUCUUAUAAAUCAGAUGAAGACGUAUCACAAGUAUUUUAUCCUAAUGACAAACGUCAAUUAAAUACUGCACCAUCUCAACUAGAAGAGAUUCUACGAGAAAGAAUAACGAAAUCAGAAGAUCGACGAAUAUCAGAUCCAACAAUACAUAAUAAUCGCGAGCAUAAUACUCGAGCACAUUCGAUUAAUCGACCAAAGGAACAGCAAGAAACGGAAAAAACAUCAGCAGUUUCAUCGGCAUUCAAUGAACCACUUCAACGAAUAAUUAAAUUAAAAGAAAAACUAGAAAAGGGCCAACCAAUAAGUAAUGUAUUUGUCAAUAUUCCACAAGUUAAAUUUAUUAGUAUUUCAUUAAAUGGCAUUGAAAUUCCUAUGAGAAUAAUACGCAAUGGUGAAAUCUCAUUUAUUCUGAAAUUUUGUCCAAUGUAUCCAGGUGAUUAUCUGAUUGGAUUACGAAAUUAUGCUAAUCAAAAUCUUCCAGGAUCACCCUUCAUUUUUCCUGUCUAUAAUCCUCGUGGCGUUACCUUUGAACCAGCUCAAAAGUAUAUGUCUAUCAAAGAUUGUAAACUGUUAUGUCGUAUCGAAAAGGCUGGUCGAGGAAAUUUAUUUGUGUUAGCAUUGUGUGAUGAUAAACCUUUACCAUCCGUUCCAGUUCGUAUUCAACCACUGUCGGCAUCCACAUCAAAAAUUAUUUUAAAUCCACCCACAGUUGGCAAAUAUAGUGUGUAUGCAGCAUAUAGAAAUAUUCCGGUGAACGGUAAGUGA